ACGAAUCUAUAUUUUGUUGUUAUUGGCCGAUGUUGACUAUCGCAAAAAUGAUGAGAGGCGCCAUUUUUCAAAGAUUUAAAUUUCGAGCAUUAUUCUCCUUCCCACCCUGCGUUGAUUCUCACGUUGUUCAUGGGAGUUGCUACAGAAGCUUCUCAGUUUCCGCUGAGCUCCGGAAUCGCGAAGUUUCGAUAUGCAACCACUUGCGAAACCGAAGACUCGACGAGGCUCGGGCGGUUUUCAACCAGGUUCCGUCUCCUCACGUGAGUCUCUACACCAAGAUGAUCUCUGGGUACACGAGGAACAGCAGGUUAGCUGAUGCGUUGAAACUGUUCGACGCGAUGCCUGUGAGAGAUGUUGUCUCAUGGAACUCGAUGAUCAGUGGCUGCGUGGAGUGUGGGGAUAUGGAUACUGCAGUGAAGCUGUUCGAUGAAAUGCCUGAGAGGAGCGUUGUUUCCUGGACAGCGAUUUUGAAUGGGUUUCUUAGGUUUGGGAAGGUUGAGGAAGCUGAGAGGUUGUUUUACGAGAUGCCUGUGAAAGAUACUGCAGCCUGGAACGCGAUGGUUCAUGGGUAUUUACAGUUUGGUAGAGUGGAUGAUGCUUUGGAAUUGUUUAAGCAAAUGCCUCGGAAGAAUGUGAUAUCUUGGACGAGUAUGAUCUGUGGGUUAGACCAGAAUGAGAGGAGUGGGGAAGCUCUUGUUCUGUUCAAGAAGAUGUUGAGUUGUUGUGUAAAAGCGAGUUCGAGAACGUUGACUUGUGUAGUCACCGCUUGUGCAAAUGCUCCAGCGUUUCAUAUGGGUACACAAGUUCAUGGCUUUAUCAUCAAGUUGGGGUUUUUAUAUGAGGAAUACGUUUCUGCUUCGCUUAUAACGUUUUAUGCAAAUUGCAGAAGAACCGAGGAUUCAAGGAAAGUGUUUGACGAGAAGGCUCAUGACCAAGUUGCUGUGUGGACUGCUUUAUUGUCAGGGUAUAGUCUUAACAGAAAGCAUGAAGAUGCCUUGAGUGUUUUCUCUGAGAUGUUGAGAAACAAUAUAUGGCCGAAUCAAUCAACAUUUGCCAGUGGAUUAAACUCUUGCUCUGCUUUGGGAACGUUAGAUUGGGGUAAGGAGAUGCAUGGCGUUGCGGUGAAACUUGGUUUAGUAACUGAUGCCUUUGUUGGUAAUUCUCUCAUUGUCAUGUACAGUGACUGUGGAAAUGCAAACGAUGCUGUUUUAGUGUUCAGAGAAAUCUCGAAGAAGAGUAUUGUCUCGUGGAAUUCAAUUAUUGUUGGCUGCGCACAGCACGGGCGUGGAAAGUGGGCGUUUGUGAUAUACGGCCAAAUGAUUCGGUUCAACAGAGAGCCAGAUGAGAUUACUUUCACUGGCUUGCUCUCUGCCUGUAGCCAUUGCGGGUUUCUAUCAAAAGGAAGAAAGCUUUUCGACUACAUGUCAAGCGGACCAAAUCAUAUUGAUAGAAAGAUUCAACACUACACUUGUAUGGUAGAUAUCUUGGGAAGAAGCGGGGAACUGAAAGAGGCAGAGGAGCUGAUCGAGGGCAUGCUUGUGAAACCUAAUGAGAUGGUUUGGUUGGCUUUACUCAGUGCUUGUAGGAUGCAUUCUGAUGUUGACAGAGCCGAGAAAGCUGCUGCUGCCCUUUUUAAGCUGGACUCAAAAUCAAGCGCUGCUUAUGUCUUGUUGUCGAAUACAUAUGCUUCUGCUGGUAGAUGGUCGAAUGUAUCGAAAUUGAGAAUUAAGAUGAAGCAGAAGGGGAUAAUGAAGAAACCUGGGAGCAGUUGGGUUGUUUUAAAAGGGAAAAAGCACGAGUUUUCCGCAGGUGAUCGACCAGAGAGCUUGAGAAUAUAUGAGAUGUUGGAGUUUCUGAGAGAAAAGCUGAAGGAUCUUGGCUAUGUACCUGACUAUAGAUCUGCUUUGCAUGACGUUGAAGAUGAACAGAAAGAAGAGAUGUUGUGGUAUCACAGUGAGAGGCUUGCUAUUGCGUUUGCGUUAGUUUAUACAGCUGAAGGAAAUGCAGUUACAGUGAUGAAGAAUCUACGAGUUUGUGAAGAUUGUCACGCAGUGAUUAAGCUUAUCUCAAGAGUUGUGGGACGUGAGAUUGUUUUAAGGGAUCCGACUCGGUUUCAUCAUUUUAAGGAUGGGAUAUGUUCUUGUGGGGAUUAUUGGUAGACAGGCGACCACAGAAGGUCUAUUGAGAAUCCAGUUAAGGAACACUCUGAGCUUCAAUUAAAAGGAUGCGGCAUGCUGCUUCCAGAGAACGGUUAACACUGGCCCUGGGUAACCGACCUUGUAAUCCAAACAUUCUUCCACAAGCAACAAUGUUUU